CAGGACGUUCCUUUUGUCUUGUGUUCUCAUGGUUGUUCCACAAGUACAGCUAUCUGAGCAGAUUUACGGACGAAAAUCAUGGGUUUCGUUAAAGUUAUCAAAAACAAGGCGUAUUACAAAAGAUUCCAGGUGAAGUACCGUCGUCGACGAGAGGGUAAAACUGACUAUAGAGCUCGUCAACGUCUGAUCACCCAGGAUAAAAACAAGUACAAUACACCAAAAUAUCGGUUGAUAGUUCGCUUUACCAACAAAGAUAUUGUCUGUCAGAUAGCAUAUGCUAAGAUUGAAGGAGAUGUUAUAAUAUGUGCAGCGUAUGCUCAUGAGUUGCCUCGUUAUGGUGUAAAACUUGGUCUCACUAAUUAUGCUGCUGCUUAUUGUACUGGCCUACUGAUUGCUAGACGGUUGUUGAAAAAAUUGAAUCUGGAUGAAAUAUACACUGGUAAUGAUGAUAUCAAUGGUGAAGAUUAUAAUGUGGAAGAUGCUGAUGGAUCUCCAGGAGCGUUUAGGUGCUUUUUAGAUGUAGGUUUAGCAAGAACAAGUACAGGUGCUCGAGUGUUUGGAGCUUUGAAAGGAGCUUUAGAUGGAGGUCUUGAUAUUCCACACACUGUGAAGCGCUUCCCUGGCUAUGACAGUGAAAGUCAAGAAUACAGUGCCGAUGUUCAUCGUAGACAUAUUUUUGGUCAACAUGUUGCUGACUACAUGAAAAUGUUGCAAGAUGAUGAUGAGGAUGCAUUUAAACGUCAGUUUUCUCGAUUCGUUAAGGAAGGAAUUGAUGCAGACAAUCUUGAGGAGAUUUACAAGAAAGCCCAUGAAGCUAUAAGAGCAGAUCCCUCACCUAAACCUUCAUCAGCUCCUCGUGAGGGCAAAUCCAAAAGUUUUGGCCGCUCUCGUCUUUCAUUGCAACAACGUAAAGAUCGUGUUAACCAGAAGAAAAAAGCUUGGUUGAGGAAAAUCCAAGAAGAUUAAAUCAAUUUGUAAUGUUUGAAAAAUAAAUAAAUUACAAAUGUUUCUUUACAGUGAA